UGCAGGAAAGGGCAAAGAAGACAAACCUGGAAAUCGGUAUAUAAAUGGCAAUUUCUAAAUAUUCCCGCUCAAAUAAACAGUAAAUAUGAGAGAUCUUCAGCUUCAAACACCGCAGAGAGAUCAACAUUCUGCAAAUCGACGCCUGAGAACAGUUUCGGCUCUCAAUAAUCUACGUAAGACUGCGAAAAAUAGCUUAAAUUCUGCUGCUUUGGAGUCGCCGAAGGAGUUUUCCGAGGCUUCAAAUGAUAGUCCCCUUGCUGAAUCUGCUGAGAACUCUCUGGCUUCAGUUCAUCCGGCAGAACCGCAAUCCUCAGAAUCAGUUGAUGUCUCAGAUCUGACUUCAACGCUAUCAUCCUCCUCCGUGGCUCCUACUCCUUGCAAGCAUGUCACCACUGAAACGGUCAGCACCGAGAAACCUGAAGUGGAUACUCUCAAGAUGGGAGGAUCAGUUGAGGCAGAGCUGGUGAUAAAACAUCUCAGAGAAGCUAGAAUUCAAGUCUUGAAAUCAAAAGACAUCGGCCCUGCAAAGAGCAUCGUGGAGGCUCUCAUAAGAAUCACAAUCGAAGAAGUUCAUGGUGGUGUUCAUGAAGAGGAUGAAUGGCUUGAUAAACUCUUUUCAAGCAAGUUCACUCCGGUUUUCUUGAUCUGUAUGAUGGUGUUAUGCUCUGUGUUGAUGGUUGGGUUCAUCAAUUGGAUUUGGAAUGGUUCCUUCACCGGCCCAGCACCAACAUAAUGAGCUAAUCUUGUGACUCUGUGGAUAAGAGACUGGAAUAAACAAAUGUGAGUAGGAAUCCAUUAUUUCUUAUGCAUAAGCAAGAAAUGAAAAACUCUGCUAAACUGCAAAUAUUACAAGCUGUCUAAACUGAAACUUGUUUAGCUAUCUGUGGUUUAAUAUAGUCAUGUAUCCACCACCUAUUUUGUUUUAA